CAAAUGCUUUUGCUUUUAUCGCCGCUGCUCGCCACUGACGUAAUCUUGAGACCCACGUGACCUUCAACAACGCUGGGAGUUGGGAGUUCUCGUCGCGUUAUGGAUUUUGAAAGAAAAUAUCUGUUGAACAUCCAGACGAUGCGAAGUAGCAUGCGGAGCCAACUACAAACUGCGGCAUCAGGUCUUCUGCUCCUGGCCAGGAAGCGGACGCUCCCGCAGACCUUAUGGAGACCUCCACUUGUCCAUACCUCUCGGUCCCUGACCGGCAGCGCGAUGGUAGUCAAGCAGCGUUGUCCUUCCUGUGGCGGCAAGUAUGCUCAGGAAGAGUUUCAUGACAAGCCUGCAGCUGUUGCUGUCAAGAAGGCGUCUGAUCGUGCAUUUGAGAAGUUUGCAGCGGAGCUCACUCCUGAAGAGAUGGAACUACUCGGCAUCGGCCGUCGCCCAGAACUGAGUGCUGAUACAGCGGCGGCGCCAGAACGGAUCUGCCACAGAUGUCAUGUGCUUCACCACCAUAACCGAGCAGAUCUUCUUCCGGCUGUGGAUUACAGGCAAGUUUUUGGCCAUCUGCCUACGGGACGAUCUAAUUAUACCGUUGUGCAUGUGAUUGAUGCCUACGAUGCUCCUCUCUCAAUCCUACCGCUUGAAAGCCUGCUACGUGCAUACGGCAAGACACCACAGAAGAUCCUAUACGUUUUCAAUCGGGUGGACUUAUUUGUCGACAGCAUGAAGUUAGCGAAGCAACGGCUGCGCCCGUAUUUUUCAAAAAUACUAGAAGCGACUAUUAAAGUGCAACGUCAAAUCGCGUCAGAGCCCGUCGAUGCGGAUAAAUUGAAGCAAAGCAAGUCUUUGUGGAAUUUUGGAAUGAAAGGGCUCGACUCGUCUGAUGGCCCCGAAAUCAAGCUGAUUGAAGAAAUGGCCACUGAAAGCUCUGAUCUUGAAGAAACGAUCGAUGGUAACGACAUCUUUUUGGUAUCCGCCAGGAAUGGCCGGGGCAUCGACAAUCUUACUCGCCAAUUGGGAAAUGAAGUGUUUUUUGUUGGAUACAGUAACGUUGGAAAGAGUCGAGUGAUCAGAUCUAUUAUCAAUCAUUGCAAAGAAAAAAGACCGCAGGCAAAUAUUCCCUUUGGCGGUCCUGGCGACAGUCAUUGGCCAGGAAUGACUCGAAAUAUGCUGGAAUACACGGUCAAGUACGGAUAUCAACAUAAGCGAUUGGUUGAUCUUCCUGGAUUGGAAGACAGCGGGUUUAAAAAAUGGAGGGUGAUAGACCAGGAGUCCGUGGCCCACUUAGUGAAGGGAAGAUUUCUUCAACGAGGUAAACGGGAACAUGUCACGGUCAAGAAGGGACAAUGCUUGAACAUCGGGGGGUUGGUGUUUGUGGAGUCUCCGGACGUGAACGUGAUUGCGUGGAAUAUGAUAGGUCAGCGUGCACACGUCAACUCUUACGUGAAUAGGGACUAUGAAAAAGCGGCAGAAAUGACCAAGAGGAAGGAUGCGAGCAAGAAGAUCCACAUCCUGUCAGAGGCGGUCGAUCAUUUUACGUUGGCUGCCACUGCAAAGAUCGAUGGAGGUGGCGCCGAUGUUUUGAUUCAAGGCCUUGGAUAUAUCGAGUUUAGAAUAUCAGGGAAAGUACCUAGCGAGGGUGCUACUCUGAACAUCCACACUGUUCCUGGAGUCAAUGUAGCCCUGAGAAGACCGGUUUUUGAAGCACUCAAGGAUAGACGGGAAAAUGAGACGGAGAGCAUAGAUGCGGAAUGUGGGAGUGAUGAUGAGCAAGAUGGUGUGUUUGUACAAUUUUAAGAUAAAUCGCAUGAAUAGAUAAAUUCAACC